AUGGAAAUGAAAUGUUUGUGGGCAGAACUCCGUUUUAUAAUUAUAGGUUGUUUGACAGCGGUAAAAUGUCAGAAGUCGCAGCAUCUAGUCCUGUCAGAGCCUCGUAGGACAGGAGUGGAAGGCACAGCCCUGCAGGUCAACUGUACAGCUAACGUGACAUCUUCCAUGGAUUCACUGAAAUGGAUCCCUGUGCAUGAAGGUCAGUCAGGCAUCCAGCAGUCCCUUGUUACCAACACAACAGUUGUUAUGACAAUACCAUCACUGCAAGGUUCUGAUGCUGGCCGCUACAAGUGUUUGCUUGUCAUGUCUGAUGGCAGAGAGGAGACCACUGAGUUUGAGCUAAUGGUGCGUCGCAAAGAAGCCAACUCUGCUGCUUGUAGCAUCACACAGUUCAAGUGCAAGAAAACCAAGCACUGCAUAUUCCUGCGUUACCGCUGUGAUGGCAAGGACGAUUGCGGAGAUGGCUCAGAUGAAGAUUGUGAGAGUGAUCCAUGCUUGAACAAGUUCCGCUGCAACAACAGUAGAUGCAUUGACACCCAGGAGGUGUGCAACCACAUUGACAACUGUGGUGAUCGCUCCGAUGAGGCCACCAUUUGCUUCUUAGGAAAAUUUAUGUCAACAACUCAGUCGGUUACUGAGGACAACCAGUUUGGGUGGCUAAAAAUCACAAUGUCCACGGUUAUUGCCAGCACGGUGGGAGCCGUCAUCCUGAUCUCCUUCAUUGUGAUUGUUGUGUUCCGUGUGAAGAUGAAGAGACAGCGAGAACAAAGGAUUUCUCGGGCGCUGGAGGGCAUGUAUCGACAUGGUGAAUCACGUGAGGCAACCUCUUCAGGCCAGGGAGAUGAGGCUGCAGGUGAUCAGCGUCCUUUCCUUCCAUCAGGCUCCUGUCACUAUGGUAACAUCAUCGUUAAUGUCAACAACGGAGUGCAGUAUUUACCUGGCUAUGAUUAUUCUCUGUUUGUGGGGGUUCCACCGCCAUACUCCGAGUGUAGUGGUGGAGACCUCAAGUCGCAGCCUCCGCCUUACAGCACCAUUGACCGCAGCAACAGCCGACAGCAGGCUUGUGUCUCUCAGCCAUCUGAAGCUCAGCCUGACAGACAGAGCUUGUCUGUUUCCUCUGUACAGAACUGCUUGGCUGGUGUCAGGGGCCCAGAGCAUCUUGGGAUAGCAGUGCCAGGUCACAGUGAGCCAUGUUCUGUGGUGUUUCAUGGUGGCAGCCAAGUUCAGGACUUGGAGAGCUUGUCUGGGAUCACACCAAAGUUGCUGCAGUCAUUGCUGGGCUCUCACUGUGAGGCUGCACCAGAUACUGAUGGCUACAGGAGCAGUUUUCACUCACUGCCUGCCUCCGCCGACUGCUGGCCCACGAGGGGUCAGGUUGGUCACAUUCUGCCAUCAAGGGUUGGGCUGAUGGCCAGCCACAGUUUGGCUAGACCAGCUCCAAGAACCACAUGCAGCAGUACACAAACCUCACAACAAAAGUCCUUAGUGUCCACUGAUUCAGGCCAGCAGGUUGCUGGUGCAGAGAGUAGGCCUGGUGGUCAAGACAAGUUUGUUUCUAACAGAAGUAUUGCUCCAAAUGUUUCUGAUAGUGCUGACGGAAGCAUGGCUCAGCAGGUUGCUGUUGGCCAAGAUACACUUGUAGUAGAGCGUGACAACACGGUUGGAUCUGUUGAUGUCCCGGCCAUGUCUAGAGGUGUUUACCAAGUCCCUGUCAGUGAUUUCUUGGAUACUUACGAAGCAGCCCCCAACAAUCCAUGCACAUUAUCUUCUCUUGUGGCAAAUGGUGGAUCAGAUUUUGAUGACUUGAUUGUUCCGUUAUUGGGAUGCAGUCAGGAUGAAGAAUCUCUCUCAGAUAAGACAUGUUCAGUGAGAAAACCUGUUGACGGACUGAAUUCUGCAGCAAGUGUCAUGGCUGACAUCACUGAUUGUUUUCGUCUGGCAGACACAGAAACUGCUCCUGGUUGUAUUGCAUCUGUUAAUGAAGUCACUUGUGGGAGUGAGGACAGAGAGUUGAGGCCCGGCCAGCUUUGUCGACAGAAUGACAGUUCUCCUGCUGAUAACUCAGCUCUGUUAGCUGCAGCAGCCGGCAGCCCACUGCUGGUUACAGCUGAGAAUGGCAUCAGGUUCGAGUCUCUUCUGCCCACAGUUUGUGCUGAUCUCCCUACCAGGAAGGCUGGUUGGGGAUCACAGUUGCUGCUGAAUGAUGGAACCAUAGCCCCAUCUCUUCAACAGUCUUCCACUGACCAGUCAUCGGGCUCCAGUUUGGGAGUUGAUGCAAGUAUUACACCUUCUGAUAGUUGUAACAUCACUGGCAGCAAACAUCCAUCUAGUGGAGAACUGAAUGUUCUACUCCUGCAAACUUCCAGACAAACAGCUUCCUCCCAGAUCCUCUCAGGCUUGACUGAUGUGUAUGCAGCAGAGCAGCCAACCCUGGCGCACGUCAGCAUAGAACCAGUUGUCAAUACAAAACGACCCACUGGUGUUGUCACACGACCUGCUCUGCCCAAAUUUAAUUCAGAUUUUGCGUUGCCACACAGCGACCAGCCAUCAUAA